AUGUUGGUGCGACUUUUUUUCGUACUAGCAGUUGUUGCUGUGUGCUAUGCUGUACCGUCAAACAUAGUGCGCCCAUGUCACUAUUCGCACACACAUUGCCUGCGAGAGAACUUCGCUUCUAACUCCAAAUGCAACCCGAAUGUGCGAGGCUCGAUUCCCGCGGAAUACACGAUUCCGCGGUUUGCAUUCGACACGCCUUAUUUUAAUGCAUCAUAUGUUGAUGUUAACUUAAAAAUCCGCAACCACAAUAAUUGCAAAACAUCGGAGUUUUUCUAUAACAUCGAAUCAGACACGCUAGUGAUAGCCAUUGACUGCCCCUUCCUGCAGUUCGAGUCAACGAGAACUCUAAUCCAACAUUAUUCCUUACAAGAAGACACCAGUUACAGCUAUUUUUAUAAAGGAACGUACCCAAUGAUCCGUGUUACAAUGAACAUACCUCGAGCCAACGAGAUGGACGCGUGUUCAGCCUACGCCUUCGCGGAUGUCACAGCACUGCCCAUUUUCGAUAUAAACCCUAAUGAUGUCAAAACAGCAAACUUCCUGUCAACAGACUACACGUUACUGAAUAUUUUCGAAAGAGAAACUUUCUACUUCAGAGCGAAACAACUUAUUACUUUGUAUAUCAAUUCGUAUAUUUGUGAUUUUGGAUGCAAUUAAUUAUAUUUUUUCAUUUCCCGCCUUAAUUGUCAAUUGUUUUUUUAAUAACCAUCGGAAUUGAAAUAAAUGUUUGUUAACUACGUUUAUACUACAUUUAUGCUUACAAAACCUAUUAAAAUGUAUGUAAUACGUAAUGUAUAAUUUUUGGCA